UGAAUCAAAUAUUUGUUCAAUUUUAGUAUAAAAUUAAUUUUUAAUUGUUAUUUGUGUUUAGUUUUGGAUUUAGUUUUCAUAUAUAUAUUUGAGAGUCAUUUCAAUAUUGCAUUUAUUGAAAGCAAACUAUGAUUUAAUCAAAUUAUUAAUACAUUUAGUAUUUAUUGAUUUAUAAACAAUUGCAUAACAAAUAACACAAUUUAUAUAUCACUUGAAAAUAUAAUAUUAAAAAGUUUGACAUCAAGUGGUGUGACGUGAAGACAAUGGCCGACAAUAGAGCCAAUGAUAACGACUCGAAGGCCGAAGGAGUGGACGACUCGGAAGAAGAGAAUGAGAUUCUGGAAGAGAGUCCGUGCGGUCGUUGGCUCAAGAGGAAGGAAGAAGUCGAACAGCGAGAUAUCCCUGGAAUAGACGCCACAUAUCUGGCGAUGGAUACGGAGGAAGGGGUGGAAGUGGUCUGGAAUGAGGUUCGCUUCUCAGAGAGGAAGUACUUCAAGGCUAAAGAGGAUAAAAUCAACGAAGUGUUUGACCGACUCAUCCAAUUAGAGCACCCGAACAUUCGGAUCACUCAAACAGUUGACCGACUCAUCCAAUUAGAGCACCCGAACAUUGUUAAGCUCCACAAGUAUUGGCUCCACAAAGACAUUGAAAAACCCAGAGUUAUCUUUAUUACUGAGUAUAUGUCCAGCGGAUCACUCAAACAGUUCCUCAGAAGGACUAAACGGAGUUUAAUUAAAAUGGCUUUAAAUGCGUGGAGGCGAUGGUGCACUCAGACCCUAUCGGCGCUGUGCUAUUUGCAUACAUCACAGCCACCUAUAGUUCACGCGAAUCUGAACUGCGAUACGAUAUUCAUUAGUUAUAACGGUCUCAUCAAAAUAGGAGCCGUCGCUCCGGACGCCAUUCACAAACACGUGAAGACAGUUCGCGGCGAAUCUAAAAUGAACCUCCAUUUCAUUGCACCCGAAAUCGGAUGCAUUACAGACACGAAUAGCUCUGUUCUGUCGCCAGCAGUGGAUAUCUAUUCGUUCGGAAUGUGUGCCUUAGAAAUGGCCGCUUUGGAGAUCUCGGCCAACGGAGACAGCGCUACCGUCACUGAAGAAGUCAUUAACAGUACGAUUGAAAGUCUGGAGAAUAAGCAUCAAAAAGAUUUCAUCACUCGAUGUCUGUAUAAGGAUCCGAAGCUGAGGCCCACAGCGAGGGAACUGUUGUUUCAUCCGAUUAUCUUUGAAGUGCCGUCUCUGCGGUUGUUUGCGGCGCAUGUGAUUGUGAACACGCCUUCCUAUCUGCCGGAACAGCUGACCGAAGAGGCCAUCGCUCGAGUACUGUGUUUGCAGAAUAACAGCGACAGAGUGUUGGCCGAAGUGCGACACGACGACAGCAGUCGACCCAAUGUUCUGCUCAAACAAAGCGAUUCCCCGAAAAUGGAAUUCGAGAAGUUCUUCGAAGAGGUGCGGAACGGCUCGUGUCCUUUGACUGCAAUCGUCACCACAAUUCGUCCGCCACUUAUCUGUCGUCAGCGAACAAUGUCUCCCGAAAUGUCGAGUGAGUCAACCAAACAACUCAAUUCGCCCGACAAUCCAUACGACGAAGAAAGUCGAAGAAUCCAUACCAUAAACUCUACUCUCGAACCUCUUCAAGAGGCCAGUGAUAAACGAUUAGUGAUAUCUCUUCACAUUGUCUUCGAUGACAAGAUUAAUAGAAAAUUGUCCACAAAAUUGGAUUUUAAUGAAUUAGAACCGUCUUCUUUAGCUCAAGAAUUAGUUUUUUAUGGAUUUGUUAAUAAGGAAGACAAAAAUACUGUCUUCGAGUUAUUGUCUGAAACGAAGGACACGUUCGCCACGUCUGGCAAUCAGUCAACAAGUUGUCAAAAGACCAUUCAAUUACCACAACCGCAGCCACAGCUGUCUAAACCAGUUAUGAUUCAAUCGAUUCAACAACCGAUUCAAUCGCAACAAACAAAACAGCAAAACGUUGCGCACAAUAUCCCAGCGGCGGUGACGCCAACUAAUCAGCAAUCGAUACAACAAAUUCCUGUAGUAAUUCCACAGCAGAAGAAGUCUAUUCAGCAUCAGAUUGCGCCCCAAAUUCAACAAAAUCCAACUCUCAAUCCACAGCAAAGUUCUCAAACGGUUCCGCAACAAUCUGUAGCGCAGACCCAAACCACACCACAACAGACACAACCCUCUCGACCCGUAGUAAUUCAACAGCCGAUUCAAUUACAACAACCAAAACAGCAAAACGUUGCACACAAUAUACCAGCGGUGGUGACGCCAACUAAUCAGCAAUCGAUACAACCAAUUGCUGUAUCGGUUCCACAGAAGAAGACAUCGAUUCAACAGCAAAAUGUGCCACAAUUGCAACAAAAUCAAGUUCAGAACCCUCAGCAAAGUUGUCAAACGGUUCCGCAGCAAUCUGUAGCACAGACUCAGACAACACCACAGCAGUCAAAGCAAGAAGUGGUUCGACAACAAGUACCACAACAGACACCGCAACAGACACUAAAGCAAACACCACAACAAACAUCACAACAAACACCACAACAGACACCACAACAACCAACACAAGUAACGAAAACAGCGGUUCAGUCGACGACACUUCAAGACGAUAAGAAGUCAACGAUUAAGAAUCAAAAGCCUGUUGUAUAGCAAUGGAUGUCUGAUAUGAUGUGCCAAAUGAACGAGUGUUUGAUUUUCCUAUACAUACAGUCGGAUAUAUUUCUAAUAUGCAGUACUUUUUUGAAUAUAAAAACAAUUGAUAUGUGCCUCAAAAUCUUUACCACAAGAAAGUCAUACAAAACGGUGACUUUUUUGUCGCAUAAUUUGUAACGAUUAUCGCAUAAUUUUUAUGAUUAUUUUUAACUCAAAAAAGGACCCAUUCUUUUGAAGAGAGGAAAAAAGUUGCUAAAGAUUUUUGAAUAAAAUGUUUGGCAAAACUUUUUAUUAGUUGAAAUGCAAACCAAUUUCUCAAAUGAAUUAGGAUUUGUUUAUUUGUAAGUCUAUUGUGUUUAUCGCUUUCAGACACUACAUAAAGAGUAAUAAUUUGUAUUUUUUAAUUUCAAUGUUUUGUUCAUAAAAAAAUUUAUUAAUAUUAAGGGAUUGAAUCGAGCAUUGAAUUAGAGUCGGAUUUUUGCUUAAUUUAAACGAAAC